AUGCCUUUGGUGUUAUUAGAGAAGGAUUGUGGGCCUAAGUGCCGAUCACGCAAACAUGUUCAGGAGAUCAUCUCCCUCAUAUCGCGAGGAAACCUUCCGGAGUUUCAGGCUUAUUCCAGUCUGUGCUACAACUGGACCAAACACUCAGAUCUGUUUGGCCGGACUGCUUUGCAUAUUGCAGCCUCUUGUGGGAAGACAAACAUUCUGAAGUGGCUUUUGGAGGAGAGGUUAAUCGAUCUAACAGUGAAAGAUUUAGAAUCUGGGUAUACAGCUCUUCACAGGGCCAUGCUGUAUGGGCAGCUGACAUGUGCUCGUCUCCUUGUGCAGUGUAACGCUGAUGUCCAUGUGCGAGACACAGAAGGGCUGAGCCCUCUAGACAUUGCCAUGCUUGACAGACCUCCACAUGUCCAGUACACAGUUAAAGAACCUAACGAGGUUUACACAUGGGGAGAGAAUAACAACAGCACUCUAGGACAUUCUAGCCCACACAAGAGGACUUCUCCAGAAGCUGUUGAUCUGUUUAAGAAAAUGGGAGUCUCUAUAAAACAGAUUGUUUUAUGCAAAUAUCAUUGUGUAUUCCUCACUCAGUCGGGACAAGUGUACACAUGUGGCCAUGGGCCAGGUGGAAGAUUAGGACAUGGAGAUCAACAUACUAUACUG